GCGCGCGCUCAACGGACAGGCGGGCGGUUUGAAUCAAAGAUACUCGAGGAGCGCUAUAAUCUUUGGUUUGAAUCAAAGACGGUUUGAAUCGGCGGCCUGGGCGGGCGGACGGAGAGAGGCCCCGCGAUGGAGGUCUACCUGCAGCAGCACCGCAAGUACUAUUUCUUCCAGGAGCGGCUGAACACUUUCAAGAACUGGCCCUUCCUCGCCGGCUGUGGCUGCACGCCCGAGAAUAUGGCUGCAGCAGGGUUUAUUCACACCCCAAGUGAGAACUGUCCUGAUGUUGCUCAGUGCUUCUUUUGUUACAAAGAGCUGGAAGGUUGGGAACCUGAAGAUGAACCUUUAGUUGAACAUAAAAAUCACUCACCAAAGUGUGCUUUCAUUGCACUGAAGAAGGAGUUUGAGCAUCUAACAGCUGAAGAGUUCCUCAAGCUGGACAAGGAAAGAGUAAAGAAUAUCACGAAGAAACAAGUCUCUGAAAUGAUUGAAUCAUUUGAACAAAAAGCAAAAGUUACAAGAAGUGCAAUUGAAGAUCUUGUAACUUAGUAGAGAUGUGGAAUAUUCUCCUAUUACAGUGUAAUUUAAGCUCAACUUAUUUAAUCGCUCCUCAAACUGAGGAUCAUGUCAUGUCUUCUAUCAUUUUACUGGGCUAGAGUCAUAGAAGAAGGCCCAUCAUGCCAACCAAUUGCUGGGCUAAUCCUAUUUUCCUGCACUUGGCUCAGAAUCCUCCUAUCCAUAUAUCUGUCCAAAUGUCUUUUAAAAAUCAUUAUUGUCCAGGUAUUUAUUCUUAAUUAAGGGGUUAAUGUUAUUAUUGUUUUGUUCAGGACUAUGUAAAAGGACAUUCGUAUCUGCAAGCAUCUUAAGGAUUCUAUUACAAAUUCUCCAGAGGUCGUUAGAAUGAUUAGUGGUUUCUCAUUUUGUCUGUUUAAAUAAUCAUUUUUAUGGCAUUCAUUUUUUUGUACAUUGGAGAAGAUGGACUUUUGAAGUGUAAUUGCUCAAGCUUUUGUAAUAUAUUGUAAAUAUGCCCCCUCAAUUUGACGAUCUUUACUUUUAUUUUGAAUCUAGAAUAGACUGGCAGCAUAGUGGCUCAGCUGGUAGAGCUGCUGCCUCAUUGCACUGGAGACCCAGGUCCAAUCCUGACUCCGGGUGCUGCCUGUGAGGAGUUUGCAUGUUUUCCUUGUGACCGUGCGGUUUUCCUCUGGGUGCUCUGGUUUCCUCCCACAUCCCAAAGACAUGCGGGCUGGUAGGUUAAUUUACAUCUAAAUUGUGUGGGAAGUGUAUGUAAAAGUGAGGUAACAUAGAACUAAAGUUAACGGUCAAUGGUCAGCAUGGACUCGGUGGGCCAAAGGGCCUGCUUCCAUGCUGUAUGUGCAAACUAAACUAUUUCUCAAUACAUUUGUUUAUUAUGAUAAGGGUGUGCACCUGAACUGUUGACUGAGCAAGGCAUUUUCAAAGCCUUUGACUGUCAUGGUGAGAACGUGGCAAUUACAGCAGUGAAUGGCUCUAAAAGGAUGCGAGUCACUUUAUACAUUGUAUGCAACCAAAAUGAAUUAAUCCUACCAUUGUCAAAGCUAGUGGAGUCAAUUCCUUGUGCCAUUAGCAGGUUUGUUUGAAGGUAGGCUAUCUGAUUUGUCUCUCUGAUCAGUAAAGCAUAAUGUCAUCAUUUUCUACUUCACCUGAAUUGCAUGGAUGAUUUUAGCAAUUCUUUGAGCUCAAGUAUCAAUCAUUAAAGUAAUGAUUGAGGUAAUCUGAGAAAAUCAACACUUUCUAAAUUUGUGUUCCAAUCUCUGAUAGCUUUUCCAAAUGCUGGUACAAAAAUAAUUCUGGAUGCUUAUGUGUGUGCUCACAUGCAGAAUGAUAUUAUUAAAGAUUAUUUUCUUUCA